AUGAUAGCAAAGUCACCUUCUAGAGAGCCACUGCGACAAUCGGAUGAACAUGGCACACCGCAUGGCGUACUGCUCGCAGCUACCUGGACACCACCGUCCAUUGGUGCUCAGCAUGCUCAGGCCAUCUCGUCUCGCGUGGAAGACGAAGAUCUGUUCAACUUGUUGUAUGACGAUGCUGCUAUGGUAGAUUUUGAUAUAUCAACCAUCGACAGCUUCUCAGCUCCUUCUGGCAGUCCUACUGAGAUUCUACUAUCCCAGCAGGUCGAAGACACAAGCCGCGUACUCGUGGACCCGACACACAUAUUCAAUAUCGAUGAUCCAGCAGAUUCCCGGAAUCUUAAGCAGGUCACCUCGACGUUAGAUCUCGACCAAUGGAUGGAGUUGGAAAACAGGCACUCCAAUCCCAACUGCCUCGGUACCGGGAGCUCAGGCGUCAACUUCCCUGUAUCGGACUUGGGAUAUAAGCCAGCAAUACGUAUGCAGCAACUGAUGCAGCUUGGCAGUCUAAUGUACGAGUUGCAGAGUAAAUAUUCUCAUAGUGAGAACGACGGCCUCACCACCUCAAUCGAGACCUUCCCAGCAGAUCUGGCAGGCAAAGUCUUGCAGGCUGCGGAUGAAUUUCUUCAAUGUCUUCGACACUUUUUCCUCUCCGAAGAGGCAAUUUCGCCCCUGAUAAAUGGAUCUUCGACGGCAAAUUAUAGUAGUGAAGAAGUGACCAAUAAUGGCUUGUCAGGGAAUCACCAAAUGUUCUCAGACACUGUAUCUCGAUCUUCUAUCUACAGGUCCUCGGCAUCCCCCGAAUGGCAAUAUCGACGGGUGCACCCUGUAGACAAGCCCACGGCACUGCAACUUAUAGCGAACUACCUCAGGCUUCUUCAGUUGUUCAUUCUACUCUAUUCGAGAGUAUGCCACUACAUCAGUUGUGCCGGUUCAGAUUUACGACAGGCCAAACCAAUUUGGGACGAUUUGUCUAUUGGGGGAGCACCUCUGAACCAAUUCGCUGAUUUUCAGAUCAAGUUUGUAUUGCAAGUGGCGGCAAAGCUUCUAGGUGAGGUCGAGGCCGCCCUAGGUCUGCACGAAGGCUGUCGUGUCAGCAAGAAACCUGCCGCUGAAGGAAGUGGAAUAUUGUGCAUGAAUGUCACUGCCCACUUCGUCGAGAUGUGCAUGUCAGAAGUGUCGACUGAGACGGAACAGGGGCGUGGUGCCAUUGGGAAACUGCGGGACUUGAUAGAGUGUGCAAUGGACAUGCUUGACGCAGCUGUGUGGUUUUGA